AUUCUCCUAUGCUUACGUACCUUACUCAAAUCUCAGUAUUUUAUUGUUUGUUGUUUUUGGGCUUUACAUAUAUAUAUAAAGGCUACAAAUCUAACAUUUCAUAUCAGCUAGAAUCGAUCACAUCUGUCUCUUUUUUUCUCUUUCUUAAUCCCUUUUUGCUUUUGGUGAUUAAGAUUUGCUAAAAAGGGGUAUCUGAAAUAAUAUGGCAGGACUUAGUGGGAUUCUCUUGGCUUCACUUCUUAUUCUCUCAUGCUUUGCCGAAACCUCUUUUGGGGUUGUUCACUUCUCUUCUCUUAAACAAACUCUUACAGUUACAGCUUCACCAAAACCAGGACAAGUUUUGAAAGCCGGUGAUGACAAAUUCACGGUGACCUGGGGUCUAAACAAUAGUUUCCCAGCUGGGACUGAUUCGGCCUACAAGACCAUCAAGCUGAGGCUAUGCUACGCGCCAGUCAGCCAAGUGGAGCGCGCGUGGAGAAAGACCGAGGAAGAGCUCUCUAAGGACAAGACUUGUCAGUUCAAUAUCGUGACAAAGCCUUACAGCGCCUCAAAACAGAGCUUCGAGUGGGUCGUGGAACGCGACGUGCCUCUAGGAACGUACUUCGUACGCGCCUACGCUUACAACGCCGCGAAUGCUGAGGUGGCAUUCGGUCAAACGACUGACGCUGGCAAAACCACUAACCUUUUCGACAUCAUUGCAAUCACAGGGCGCCACGCGUCACUCGAUAUUGCCUCCGUUUGUUUUAGUGCUUUCUCAGUUGUUGCCCUCAUUGGAUUCUUUUGGGCUGAGAAGAGAAAGGGAAAAUCUUCAAAGUAAGGAAGGAAGGGAUACUUAAGUUUUGUCCUUUCUAUAGGGGCAAAAUCGUCUCAACAAAAGUGAAGAAAAAGGACUCAUAUGGUUGCGGAACUACUCUUUUGCAUGUUUCUUUCUAGUUUUGGUUUUUAAUAAUCAUAUAAUUAUGUGGUAUUACUAAUAGUAGGGAUGAAAAAUCACUCAAAAUUGCUUGUGUUUUUCUUUUGAGUGUUUGGGACUUUGAAAAUGGGAUUGUAUCGUCUAUAUGUUUCUAAGUUGGACAUUUGUGAAGGUGGGUCCAACUCCAAUAGAGCAACUAUAUGGGUUGUACCAUGAACUUGGUUAGUCCAUAUUUUGAGAUGGGCAAGUUGAAAAUUUUACUUUUAUGUCAUAAAAGAAAUAAAAUAAGAAACACUAUAGAUUAUAAUGUGUUUGCAUAUA